AGCUGCAGACGGUGAACGACCUGGAGAACUGGGACGUCUCAAAGGUCACCGACGUGGCCUACGCGUUUGCCAAUUCCGCAACGGUGCCACUGCUUUCGGGCCUGGAGCACUGGAACGUGGCGCAGGUGACGGAUUUCCGCGCAGCCUUUCAGGGCGCCGCCAAGCUGCAGAUCCCGGGCACUGGCGCGUCCUCCGUGACCACUUGGAAUGUCGCGACGGGGAAGCAUUUCCAGCACCUGUUCGCGCAGGCCCCAACGGUGACCCCGGAUCUCGCCCUGUGGGACCUGGGCGGGGCGGAGGAGGUGCAGGGCAUGUUCCGCGAUGCCACCGCCGCCAAUCCGGACGUGAGGAACUGGAAUGUCACCAAGGUCUCCAACUUCGCCGACAUGUUCCGUGGCGCCACCGCCGCGGAUCUCGACGUCUCCGCCUGGGACACCGGGAGUGGCCGAGUCUUUGCGAAUUUGUUCCGCGGCUACACGGCCCAGUCCCUGAACGUGACCAACUGGGACUUACGGAACGCCGAGGUGACGCGGGGCAUGUUCCGCGCGAUCGUGAAGGCGGAUCCCGACGUGCGGUUGUGGCAGGUUCAGAAGGUGACCGACAUGUCGGGCACUUUCCGGGCCGCAGCGCGGGCCAACCCGUGCGUGACGUACUGGCCGGUUGUCUCCCACGCCCAGCAGCAUCUGCUGCUGGACACGAUGUUCAAGGACGCUCCCUGCGCCAGCCCCAACAUUGCCCGCUGGAAGUUGCAGAAUGUAACGAAGAACGAAGCGUGGCUGGACGGGACCGCGUUGAAAAGUUCCUGUGCAGCACGGUGGCAGGACAAUGCGGACGACCUGUGGCGCAUGACCACGGACGGGGGCGACUCCAACUGCCCAGGGGACUCGCCGUUCCGCAUAGACAUCGAGUUGACGGACCCGGCUCAGCUGAACGUGCG